GUGCUUGUGGUAGCAGCGGUGAUGGGAGGAUGGUUGGACCAGAUCUUGCAGGUCAUUUCCACUGCACGUCUGGCCGUGCUCAGAGGAGACAGAAGACACCUCUGGCACGGCAGCCCUCUACCACAGGGACGCUGCGGGCUUGAAACCAACAGCCUGCAGCCCCGGUUCGCCCAGACAUGCGAGGAGUCACGCCGCGGCUCAGAUCAAGGCCGACGAAGCCCGCUCCCACCCGGCGCCGUUCCCGCCUCCGCUCUCCUCCCAGCGCGGGUUGGGCGCGGCGGGAGCGAUCCCCGCCCUCACGCUGUUGGCGUUUGGUUGCCGCAGCAACCGCCGGCAGUGGCGGCUGGAGCGCUGCCUCAGUGGCCGCCGGGCCGGGAGGCACGUUCGGGCUCUCUGUCCCAUCUGCACAUCAGUCCGAGAAGAAGCGCGGCUCGGCCUGCAGCACAGCCAUGGUGCGGCUGACCACUGACCUCAUCGCCAGGUGCCUCGGCCACAGGAACCGCAGGGAGGAGGACUUGGGACGGCACCUGCAAAAAAUAACUCAUCUGAAUCUAUCAGAUAAAAAUCUAGAUGCAAUCGGUGACAUCUCAUUGUGCAGAAACCUUAGAGUUUUGUAUUUAUAUGAUAACCAAAUCAGUCAAAUCCAGAACCUGGGCUUUGCUUCACAUUUAACACACCUUUACCUGCAGAACAACUGCAUUUCAAAGAUUGAAAAUCUCUCAUCACUGAAAAACCUCGAAAAACUGUACCUGGGGGGCAACUCUAUCACUGUAGUAGAGGGUUUGGAUCAAUUAAAAGAAAUAAGGGAGCUACAUAUUGAGAGUCAACACCUCCCUCUCGGUGAAAAGCUUCUCUUUGAUCCCAGAUCCCUUAGGUCCUUGGCAAAAUCUUUGUCUGUGUUGAAUAUUAGCAAUAACAACAUCGAUGAAUUAAAAGAACUGGCAGUUCUGGAAAAUCUUUCUCAUCUUAGAGCAGCUGACAAUCAACUUCAACAUAUGAAGGAUUUGGAGGUUGUAUUAAACAAAUGGACAAAGCUGUGCAGCAUGGAUCUUACAGGAAACCCCAUCUGCCACAAACCAAAGUACAGGGACAGGAUUGUUGUACAGUCACAAACUUUAGAAUACCUUGAUGGGAAAGAAAUUAAAGAAAUUGAAAGAGUGUUCCUAAUGAAUUGGAAAGCCUCCAAAGAUAUCAGGAAAAAAAGCAAAGGAAGAAUGACAAAUGAACAUGCAGACUAUCUACAUUUUUCUGGCUUUGAAACAUCUCAUUCUAUUCUUCCUUUUAACUACAGUCCAUCUCUGACAGAAAAAACAAAUAUUUUAGUUCUGUCUGAGAUGCACGAAGACAAAAGGAAUCCUCUGCCAGCAAAUGUGGAAGAAAAUAAAUCAGAGGAAAACUCAGGUUGAGGAGGAAUCUGAAGUAAUGGCAGAGCCAAGCUGAACUCUAAAAGUCAAAAGUUACAGGAUGUGCAGUUGGUCAUUAUUGGAUUUUUUUUCCUUCUCAAAACUAAAAAAGAAAGUUUUCUGACAUCUA